AGAUAUGAACUUUGAACAUAAAGUAUUAGAUGGAGGCCUGGCAACACAGUUGAUAAGACAGGGAUACGAUAACUUAGAUAAUGAUCCUCUGUGGAGCUGCAGGCUUCUAAAUACUGCCCCAUGGGCUAUUAAACAGGCACAUCUCAGUUUUCUUGAGGGUGGUGCUGACAUAAUAGAAACAAAUACCUACCAAGCAUCUAUAGAAUCAUUCAUUGAACAUUUCACAAUCUCGGAAGAAGAGGCAGUUGGCCUUAUCAAAGAUGGCGCUAGGAUUGCUAUCGAAGCACGAGAUGAAUUCUGGCGAUUGAAUUCAGAGAAGUGUUCAAGGGAAGGUAGACAACGCCCUCUGGUGGCAGCCUCAAUUGGCCCAUAUGGAGCAACAUUACAUGAUGGAUCAGAAUACAGUGGUCACUAUGUGGAUACAAUGAGUAUUGAGGAUUUGAAGGCAUGGCAUAAACGUAGAAUAGAUUUACUUGCUGAUUCAGGAAUAGACAUCCUAGCGUGUGAAACUAUACCAGCGCUACGUGAAGCUGAGGCCCUAGUUCGCUUGUUGUCAGAGUACCCACAUCUGAGGGCCUGGAUAUCUUUUUCUUGUAAGGAUAAUCAACACAUCAACCAUGGAGAACUUUUCAGUGACGUUGUCGCAAAAAUCCUCAGCUAUGACUGUAAACAAGUUCUUGGAAUCGGAAUUAAUUGUACGGAUCCUGAGUUUAUUGAGCCUCUUUUAAAAAGUGUUCAAAAUUUUAGGGAUGUCACAAAAUUUGUAAUUUACCCCAACAGCGGUGAGACAUGGACUGCGGAACAUACAUGGACUGGAAAGGCGUCACUUAAAGGUUUAGAUGAAUAUGUGGAUGAUUGGAUGGAUCUAGGCGCCACCUAUAUAGGAGGCUGUUGUAGGGUUUAUCCUGAAGAUACCAACAAAAUUAGAUCCAAAAUGAAUCAGUACUUUAAACUCAAUAACAAAACUUAGUUUUUGGACAUUCUGAAAUUCCAAAUCAAAAGACUGGUUCUGUAUUUAGAGGCAGGCAUAUUAAGGUAGUUCUGCACUUUCAUUCAAAAGUUCAAAAAUUAUUAGUAUAGUAUUUCAUUGAAAUAACGUGAUUUUAAACUAUGUAUACCAUAAUAUACAAAAUCAACAUUAAAAUGUGAAAAUACUAUAUUCUAAGUAUUAAUUAUUGGUACCUGUAGCUACAAUCAUUGUAAUCAUAAAAAUACCUUAAACUAACCCUUCUUGUAUUUCACCUACUUCAGACAAUCAAUUAAUUUAUUUAUGUGACACAAAAAUACUAUCCACAAUUCAUUUUAUAGGAAAACAUUGGCGCCAGUUAUAAUAUAGAAAUAUGUAAAAUAAAGAAGCAUACAAAAAUGUUUAGGUUUUAAAAAUAAUCAAUAUAUUAUAUGCA